UCACAUAGAAUAUGCCCACUCCUGAUCCUCGCACGAGUGCAUCAGAUCAAACCCCUUCUAAAUAAAAGCUUCACAAAAUAAAAUUGAACACUGGCAAGCAAGAAGCCAACCUACAACAGAAUUACAUGGCGGCGGCGGCGGCGGCUACCACCAGACCCUUCAAUCUGAAAACCUCUUCAAAUCCCCUCUCUUCCUCUCCUUUCCUUUCCCCAAAUCAUAAAAACCUCAAAAGCUCCAGCUUUUCUUUCCUUCUACCACACUUUUCAUUGAAGACUCAAUCUUUAACCAUCAAAGCAACAUCAUCGCCACCAACGACAACAACCCACAAAACAACCACCUCCGUUUCCCAAUCAAACUCACAAGAUCGUUUCCGGGUUGACAUUUUGUCAGAAUCUUUACCGUACAUUCAAAAAUUUAGAGGCAAAACAGUAGUAGUAAAAUAUGGUGGUGCUGCCAUGAAAGUCCCUGAACUUAAAGCAUCUGUAGUAAGUGAUCUUGUUUUACUUUCUUGUGUAGGCCUUAGGCCAAUUCUUGUUCAUGGUGGCGGACCAGAAAUUAACAACUUUCUUAAACUUCUUAAUAUUGAACCCGUCUUCCACGAUGGUCUUCGUGUCACUGAUGCAAAAACAAUGGAGAUUGUUUCAAUGGUUUUAGUUGGUAAAGUAAAUAAAGACUUAGUUUCGCUUAUUAAUAAAGCUGGUGCUACUGCUGUUGGUCUUUCUGGUAUGGAUGGUCGUUUACUUAUGGCUAGACCUAAUCCAAAUUCUAAACAUUUAGGGUUUGUUGGUGAAGUUGCUAGUGUUGAUAAGACUUUACUUGAGCCUCUUAUUAAUAAUGGGUUUAUUCCUGUUAUUGCUUCUGUUGCUGCUGAUCAGUUUGGUCAAUCUUAUAAUAUAAAUGCUGAUACUGUUGCUGGUGAAAUUGCCGCGGCUUUAGGUGCUGAAAAAUUAAUUCUCUUAACUGACGUUGCUGGUAUUUUGGAGGAUAAAGAUGAUCCUACUAGUUUGGUUAAGGAGAUUGAUAUCAAGGGUGUUAAGAAAAUGAUUGAUGAGAAGAAAGUUGCUGGUGGUAUGAUUCCUAAGGUCAAUUGUUGUGUCAGAUCGCUUGCUCAAGGUGUUAGAACUGCCAGUAUUAUUGAUGGAAGAGUUGAACAUUCUUUGCUUCAUGAGAUUAUGUCUGAAGAAGGCAUUGGAACUAUGAUUACUGGGUAAUAUGUAGUCAUUCUAUUCUCUUCUGUGUUGUAACUCUUAAUUUUAAAUUGCAUGUAACUUGACUGAAUGAAUAAAUUACUGAUUAUUCUGGGGUUCA